CCGCCUAGACUACAUCAAGUACUUCUCUUAAUUGUAUUACCAUUUCCCUUAAUAGGACUACUAAUCGAAAGCUAUAAAGGUAAUCCUGUAAGGCAUUUUACAACAGUUCAUUCCAGUCUUCUCAGUGAACGCGAUAAUAAGCCUUCCCGCCAUUUUGUUCCAAAAGUACGACGAGAUGACGCGGCUGUUCACGCCCCUCGUCUAUAUAUUUGUUUUGCGCGCUAAAAAUCUUUAAGGAUUUUUCAAAUUCUCAAGAUGUAGAAGUUUGAAAUUGAUGAUAUUUAUGCAUUCUUUGAAAUAAGUUUGUUUUUGUUUAAUCCAUUCCCUAACGAUUAAUUAUUAACUUCAUUGUACAUCAAAAACCCAGAGGAAACUAACAGUUUGUUCCAUCGUUAAUAUAUCAAACCGUACAAUAGAAUUGAAGUGCGGCGAUUAAAUCACCAGUUUGAAAAGUAGGAAAUACAAGAUUACAUUUUGAAAGGGGUCAAAACGUUUAUUUCAGACUAUCCGAGUGUCAAAAGCCGCGUUUUUAAAUUAUUGAUUUCUUUGUUUUAAGCCACGUUUUUUAGUUUAUUAUACUUGGAAUUUUUGAAAGGGAGUGUCCUAAUAAGUAUACUUGUCACAUAUAGUGAAUAUUUUCUACAGCUACAUUGUAGCUCGUUAUAUCAGUAAAGACAUGUACGUGUAAAAUCAGAUUCCCUUCAUUUUGUUUGACUAUGGUUUGUCGACAACAAAAGAUUUGAUCGUUGUGCAAACACUACUAAGUCCUUCUUUCAGUAAGGUUUACUAUUAAUCGCUUGAAAGUCGAUCCUGAUUCGCUGGCAACCAGCGUCGACAUAAACUGUUAUCAUUCAAAAACACUCGAAACUGAACAGAAUCUACUCAAAGAACGAAUCAAAAAUGGCCAACGCCAUUGAAGGGGUGAAGGCGAAGCUUCGUUUCAUGGUAAUGCAAAUCGAUAAUGCAAAACAGCGAGAAAUGGCGGCGAGGAGGAAGACCAACAAAGCUAUAGAAACAGUUAAAGUUGCCAAGAAAAAAUGCUUUUAUCUCAGCCACAAGCUGUCGGCUCUCAAAGACAAGCUAUUUAUCAAUGGAAUUAUACUUGAGCGGACGCUGAGACGCCUAACGGCGAUGCGAAGUUUAUGCAAAAGAAACAAAGACAUUUAUAUUCGUGUAAAUAAUCAAUUCAAUGAAGAAACUUGGGAAGACAUGAUCACAAAUCUAGAAGUGAUGGAGCUAGAGGUGAAUAGCGACGCGGCGGUACUUGCGGAUAAGAGGGAUAUGGUCGUCAAACGUCUUGACGAAGUCGAUGAAAGGCUAUCUAUCGCGAGCGAUGAGAGAAAGAUUUUAGAAAAUCGCCUUAUUCGAUCUAGCGAAACUCUUAGACUCAAGCUCAUGAAGCGAGAAUUAGACAAGGAAAAGAGACAGUCGAGAUUAGAAGUUUUGGCUCAAUUGAAAAAAUAUUUACAAAUGGCUAAUUCAAGGUAUCGUAGUGCCGUCGAUAGAAUCGAACGACUUGCGAAGGUUUUACGACGGAUUGCCGAAAACCUUGAAGUUCAACGAGAUGUCGCUCGGAAAGCUAAUCGUGAACUACAGCAUACUAUACGAUUAAAGCAAUUAGCCGGGAGAUAAGAGGAUGAAAWUCCUUAGAGCCGUCUCCCAUUGCGAGAAACUUUGUUCGCCAACACGAAGACACUGGAAUUUUCAUUACGUUUUAAUGGUGGACUAAAURCUUGGUCAAUGAAAUCAUUUUUUCCUUAAAAGAAAAUUUGUUACAAAAAUAUCGACAAAGUAGGAAUAAACGUGAAAUGUCUUUCAAUUCUUGAUAUUUGUUGGGUAGUUUCAGUUGCGCUAUAUUCAUUUAURUUGCUAUAAUUACUAUUUUCUUCCCACUUUACUACAAAUGAUGAUUACACUUUGAUUUUAUCAGCUUUAAGCUUAACYGUUAAGCAAAUGGCUACUGAUAUUCUAGACCU